UCUCCUUCCAAAUUUAUUCAAACCAAGAACACAAACUUCCUUAUCCAUCAAUUGAUUUCAAUUCUCUCUCUCUGUAUCUGUAUGGCAUCCUUAAACAGAGCUUUUAACUACAGUCCCACAUCCCAAUACAUGAAUUCUUCUUUCACUGACAUGCUCACAUCAAACAAAGACUAUUCAUUCCCAGCUGCUCUCUCUCCGCCCCCUCUCUCCCCUUCCUUUUUCCUCGACUCUCCUGUCCUUUUCGGAUCAUCUAAUGCUCUCCCAUCUCCGACCACCGGAGCCUUCGCCGCCUUAUUCGCCAAGGACGAGGCAACCCCGUUUUCCGAUUUCUCCUUCCAAUCCCAUACCCAAACGGCACUUUCUGAUUCCUCCUCACUCAUCGCUUCAAGGGAUUCGUUGAAAAGGCAGAGAGAAGAUGAAAUUGCAAAAGUAGAAGAAGUUCCAAGGAUAGAGCAGGGGAAAUCCGAUGACGGAUACAACUGGAGAAAAUACGGACAGAAACAAGUGAAGGGAAGCGAGAAUCCUCGUAGCUAUUACAAGUGCACCUUCGCAAACUGCCCCACCAAGAAGAAAGUGGAGAGGAAUUUAGAUGGAUACAUCACUGAGAUUGUUUACAAAGGGAGCCACGACCACUCCAAGCCCCAAUCAACCAGAAGGUCAUCAUCCUCCACCCACAACUACAACUACAACAACAACAACGUCACUGAGAGCACCGCCACCGACAACAACAACAACAACUCUUCCAUCUCCGACGACAUCGAGCAAGCCUCGUCCAUCAAUGAUGCCAAGAGAUGGAAAGCGGACGACGAGAAUGACAGUAGUUGUGGGAAUAGAGCCGUCCGAGAGCCCCGAGUGGUAGUGCAGACAACUAGUGAAAUCGACAUUCUUGAUGACGGCUACCGGUGGAGGAAAUAUGGGCAGAAAGUGGUGAAGGGCAACCCCAAUCCUAGGAGUUACUACAAGUGCACCUCCAACGGGUGUCCGGUGAGGAAACACGUGGAGCGUGCAUUCCACGACAAGAGGGCCGUGAUCACCACAUACGAAGGGAAGCACAACCACGAGGUCCCCGCAGCACGUGGAAGCAACUGCUAUGCAACUAGCAGGCCUCAACCACAAGUAAUGAGGCCCCCUGCACCCACAACUUACAACAAUCCCAUGUCCCUAACUAAAGAAGAGCCCUCCUUUUUCGACCUGUUUCUAGAUUGAACAAAUCACACGCCAUUUGCAUUGUAAAUGUAACGUGUAAGCCUAGCUCUGUAAUAGCUUUAGCUCAUAUUUUUUCAUUUAUUUCAACUACUACUUGAUCCUUUUUUA